ACACCAGGCGGAUCGGCGAUGCUAUUUUUACGGGCGGGUCUGCGGUACAUGGCAAAUCGUUCAAUUAAAAUACCUCAGUCUUGUGCCGACGGUCCAUUGGAUCUAGCGACAAAUCCCACGCUGGCUUUCGGUAUCAGGCGCAACCAGCCUCAUCGUCGCUCUCGGUAUCAGUCGCGCAGGGGCUGCAGAAUGAGCUAUCUUGCAGGUGCCGCUUGCAGACACCCCAUGGCUGCAACAUUCGUCACCCUCUGCAUCCCGGGCGAUUGAAGCGUUCUGGUCAUGCAUCUGCAGCCUGCUUGUUUUCCAGAGCCGAAGCCCGGAUGAGUCCAGAAGCUCCUUCUUUCUUAGCGGGCUUUGAGUGGAAGGCGAAUGCCAUGCUACACCGAGCUGAAAAUAAACAUGUCUGGAAAAAGGACAUCCCACCCCCUUUCCACAAAUCCCUUCCUCGACACCGCCAAGCGUAUUCAGAAAGGCGCUUGGCCAAGACCACGCAGUCCCUUUUCGGGCCUCUAUUUUGGAAGCCUGUGGAGAUUAUCUGCGCGUCGGAAAGAGGGGAUGGUGAGGGAAUUGAUAUACAGACGACAAUCACCCGCCGCACACCAAGGUUCACAAACGUUGACGGCCCAGCAGCCGGAAACCCGCGCAGAGGGGGAGGCAGGCGGCUAGUAGGACAGCAUUAUUUGUCUCGUUCCGAAAUUGUACUUAAACUUGAACAUUGCCUUGCUGGCUUUGUGCGCUUCUCCUCUCUCCAAGCUCUCGCACCAACCCCUUUUCUCUCUUUUGCAACACUUUCUUCUUCUCCCUCAGCGUCUUUCGCUUGACCAUUCCCCUCUUCCUCCUCUCUUUUCGCCAAACACUUACCUUUAUUUUACAGACGCGCUUCUCACGCCCACCCUCUUUUUACUCUCAUAAUGAAGGUACGUUUUUAUUCCUAGCGCCUUCCUGGUGUGGCGGGCAGCCAUAUUAGUACUGGGGAUCUGUGGUCCCGCCCC